AUGAAGUUCUCAGAAAGCGAAGCCGCAGAGGUGAAGACUUGGGUGGUGCGCAAACUGGAAGACAUAUCCGAUGCCGAUGCCGAUGUGCUUGCGGACUAUGUACUCGCGCUUAUUAGAGCCGACGCUCCAGAUGAAGAAAUCCGGAAAGCGUCUGUGGAGGGAUUGGAAGAUUUCCUCAGAGAGCAUACGGUGCCAUUUGUCGAUGAGCUUUUCGCUACUUUUGCGCCGAAACAAACCGCUCCUCCCGCAAGCUCGCAUCCGCUGAGCCAGCCGCAGAUUUUUAAUGACGCCAAUGCGCCGGGAUCAGGCUCUCAGCAACAAGCCCCGUUUAACCCCCCAUCCGGCCCUUCGAAGGGUCCUUACGGGCCUACUGUGGGCAAUACCCCUCAGUCACAGACCGACUCGUCGAGCUAUGGACGCAAGCGUAACUACCAUGAAGGGUUCCAGGCAGAUCAAGAGCGCGAAGAGGCUCCGCAUAACAGGAACUUCAAGACGCCCCGACGCGGCCGAGGUGGCGGAAGAGGAGAUUGGAUGGGGCGCGACAACCGUGCAACUCCCGGCCAAUACGCCCCCGCUCCCGCGGGUGGAUUUCCUGUGAUGCCUCCAACCUUCCCUUCGUUUGAUCAGAAUGACCCGAUGGCGGCGAUGAUGGCCCUCCAGAGUAUGGGGUUUCCACAAAUGCCCGGCAUGCCUCCUAUGCCCAUGCCAGCUCCUGGUGGCGGCGCUGAAUAUGACCCGAAAUCAUCCAAUAUCGUGACGGACUUUCAGAGACGGAACACUGACACUCCACAUCGUGGCAGCGACAGAGGCCGAGGCCGCGGCCGUGGUGGGGACAGGGGCGGAUUUGGAGGACGGGGACGUCGAUCCGAGUACUCUGCGGCAGGCCCUAACGAGGAUACUUCUAUCACCACUAUUGUUGUUGAGCAAAUCCCGGAUGACAAACUCGAUGAAGCAUCGGUGAGGGAGUUCUUCUCUCAGUAUGGCGACAUCGUCGAGCUGUCUCUACAGCCUCACAAGAAGCUUGCAUUGAUCACAUAUGAUAGCCACGCAUCCGCCAAGCGCGCAUGGUCUAGCCCCAAGGUGAUUUUCGACAACCGGUUCGUCAAAGUUUACUGGCAUAAGACGAAAGCAGAUAAGAAUGGUGAUCAUCGGCAAGGGGCCAUUGAGGUCGAGCCGUUCAACCAGGAAGAGUUCGAGAGGCAGCAAGAAGCAGCGCAAAGGGCCUACGAGGAGAAGAUGCAAAAGCGCAGGGAGACAGAGGAAGCCAAACAGGCGCUGGAGAAGCAGCGCGAGGAACUCCUGAAGAAACAGCAGGAAGAGAAGGAAAGACUGAUGCAAAAACUUGGCGGGAACGAUGUCAGCAACGGUGCUGCACCCUCAGAUGGAGAAAGCGGUCCCUCACCCCAGGAGAAUGUGAGCGAUCAGACGAAGCAGCUGCGCGCACAAUUGGCAGCUCUCGAAGCUGAAGCCAAGACCCUCGGAAUCGAUCCCAAUGGCGCUGAUUCUGGUGCGCCCUCGUAUCGCGGUCGUGGUCGUGGAUAUCUGGGACGAGGCGGUUAUGCGCCCCGAGGCCGUGGAUACGAUCCCAAUCAUCGUGGAGGAUAUCGCGGUCGUGGAGGAAUGACCCGUGGCCGAGGAGGUGUGCUUCGUCUGGAUAAUCGACCCAGGAGAGUUGCCGUCUCGGGCGUUGAGUUGAACUCUGAGAAGGACGAAGCUUUGAGACAGUUCCUCAUCGGUGUUGGUGAAUAUGAGUCUAUUCAACCUAAUCCGGAGCAAUCGGACUCUGUGAUAGUCGCAUUCAAAGAGCGGUACAUUGCAGAGAGAUUCAUGUUUGGACCAUGGCAGAUACCAUCUGUCGGCGAAGUGCAGCUCACUUGGGUUCCCAACCCUCCCAUCAGUGUGGCGCCCACGACACCAGGCUCUGGAAUGGAUACCAAAACCGGAUCCGAUGAGGAUACUGUGAUGGAGACCACGAGUACACCCCUUCCACCUGAUCCAUCGGCCGGUCGGAGAGAUGGAAAUCAUGAGGUUGAUUACGACGUGGCAGAGGAUGACGAUAGUUGGGGGGUACAGUAG